CAAAAAUGGGGGCUUCCUCUCCUGACUUCCGAGCUCCUCCUCCAUCCCCUGUAGGAACCAGCCGCAGGGCGUCCUUCACGGCCAACGAAGACGUCCUCUCGGAGUUCCUGGACAAGUGUGGUCGAGUCCCAAAUCUGGUAUUGCCCGAUAAAGUCUUCCCCAAGCACACAUUCCUUCUAAACCCUCCCACCUUCGAUUUCCUCCGGUUAGGCUCCCUCUCCACCCUGCUGGUCGAUGCCGCCGCCACCAUCGGUUGUUUUCAGCUCAUUAACCACGGUGUUCCUGAGGCUAUGGUAAAAGCCGCCAUGGACAAAACCAUUUUUCACGAUGAGACGGAGGAGUUCGUUUUUUCUAAAGAUAUUGCUGAUGAUAAUACGGCUUGUUAUUCAGAUUUGAGGGAUUUGAUGGGUGAGGCAGAGAGGAUAGGGAAUGCGGUGAGAGAAAAGCUAGGAGGCAGAAGCCAAGACGAAGAGGCAGAAGGGGUAGGGGUUUGCUACGUUAAGAAACAUGAUAACAUUAAUAGUAAAAACGAAUCAAGGGAAGAAGCCAUGAGGAUAAUGAUAAGAGGGUAUGACGAAAGACAUUCUCUGUGUCUUAACUUUUGCCAUGCAGAGUUCCACGUCUACUCCAAGAGAGGUUGGGUCUCCUUCUCCCCACGUCCCGAUGCGGUUGUUGUAACGGUCGGAGAUGAAGGCUGGAGCGGCAAAUUCAAGGGUGUUGUGGGGAGGCCCCUUCUUUACAAAUCAUCACAUCUUCAUCAUCACAUUCUCAUUUCUCUAUCCUUUCUCUACACUACUACCACUCUCCAAAGUAGAGGAAUUACCAAUAAGAAGACCAUUUCCUUCUCCCAACAGCUCCUCUUUACUCUCUUUCUCACACUCAUCUUCCGUUUCUUACUUCCUUGAUCAUUAAUUUAAUUCUUGUUGCAUUUUCUUUUCUUUUUUUGGAAACUAAAAAUAAAAUAAAACAGGUGUGUGUAUCCCAAAACUUGUUCUAGCCUUUUUUUUUUACCCAGCAAUGCAUGGCCUACUCAUUCAAUUUUAAAGCACAUGCACUAGUGCUAUCCAAAUAAUCAUAUUUUCACCCGGCAGCUUUUAAGCAUAUCCAAAUAAUCAUUUUGGACCC